AUGGCCGACGCGAAAAACCUUUCCGCUUACGACGCCAUCCGCGACACCUACGCCACUUUCGGCCUUUUCCUCUUGUUCGCGGCGACCACGUACACUGCCACGACUGUCGCCAGUAUCGACGGCGUGGUCCAUCACGGGUACCACGACGGCAACAGCAUGCGUCGGUCCUCGGUACCACUGGUCGUCUCCAUUACCCGCGGGGAAGAAUGCCUGUCCACCAUUCUCGACAAUGCCGGAGGCUGUUACGACCCGGGGUUCCUGGCUGACCCGCGAGGUGGCGCCGGUCUAGUUUAUCGGGCACCCUGCGCCACUCGCCUGCGUCGCAUGUACCGACACAAUACAGCGCCAUCUGCAUCAGCAGCAGUGGUGCAUCACGAUCGCAGGAUGUUGAGACAUGACAAUAUUUCAUCAGCAGGAGGAGCAGGAGGGAUGCUGGACAACACAGGUGCUAACUACACGUGCGCGCCCGAGUCGUGCAGUCGAGCAGUGCUCGACAACCUCACCAAGGCCUUUGCUCAGUGCGUCUUCAACAACAUCGCCAAUUGCUGCUCCUGCAUUUUCCACGCCUCGCAGCCCCGCAACUGCACGCCGGAAGAAAUCGCAUUCGCUGCAUCAGCAGGAGGCGUUAAAACAGCACCACCACCGACGACGACAACUACGACAGGGUCGAGAACACCAUCAGUCCAACGACAGACGGCAGUCAUGCAAGGGACAGAGACAGCGCCAGGAGCAGUAGCGGCAGCAGCAGCAGCAGCAGUGAUACAAGGUCCAGAAGCAGAGGCGUCUCUUUGGCAUCCGCCACCCCUCAGCAACGGCCAACGCAAAUUCCCAGCUGCGCCUGUUCAGUCGCCCGUGGAUUCCGCACUGGGCGUCAUGGCGGCCUCUGGUGCUGCGGAGUACCAGGCUCCGUCGACACCAGCGACAUCUCUGAAUUGCGUCAAGGCGGAAGGCCCGGCUGUGGGUAUGAUCGGAGACUCGGCAUCCGUGUUUCGGGACGAUGAUGCCCUGAUGAAUAACAGCACUGAUGUCAAUGCAACUGUUGUGAAUUUAUCAAAGAGCGAGAAAUCCAAGUAUAGCAGCAGUCAAACGUCAGCAGACAAUAACAAGCACGCGGAGUUAUUGAAGAAGAAUCACUUGAUGUCGUCGAAACACGGGAAAGAGGUUGCGAGCGACACCUCGAGGAAUCAUGCGAAGUUGGACACAAUGUCCUCUGGCAAGCAUUCGCACGAUGACCUGAUGUCCAAGUAUUCUGAAUUCGCUGCUAAAUUCGCAGAGGAGAACGGAGACAUUUCAGGGACAACAGACAAUAAUAGCAGCUCUUCAACGACAUCAACCCAAAAUAUAGAAACAACGAUUGCCUCCGACUUCCUGCAAUAUGAUUCAAAAAUGUCCAACUACCCUUUCUUCUUGGAUAAUCCCAUCCCGAAGAUGAUCCCAGGCAGCAACAAAACCUCCAACUCUUCCACCUCCAUGACUUUCACCACCAAGAAUAAUCACGACAUAACCAAAAAUAACAUGCAUGGUUACCCCCUGAAAUCUGCUGGAUUUUUUCCUCAGAAGCAACAUCAAGGUCAACUUCAUGGAGCCACAAAGAACACCAUCCCUGGGGCUAAUUUCCUGCCCUUGACAAACGGCGGCGCGAAAAAUCUGGAUGACCUGAAAAAGACUGUUGGUCAACAACAGUUGCCAAUGGUCCUGUUGAGGCUGAUGAUGGCCAAAGUUCCCGUCGAAAGGAAUGAGAGGAAUGAUGAUGAAAAACGGCCACAUUGAAAAGAGGGCGCAGAUAUUCAUAAUAUAUAUAUAUUUGCGGAAAAACACAUUUGUCCUCUGUUGUCCAAAGAAAUGCAAGCUUGAAGAAUUGGGAUUGAUGCAUUAAACUUGGGAGCCGAAAUAAAAUUUCAUGAUGAUCCUCCAA